UGUGAUUAACAUACGCACACAGCUAUAUAUAACUCUAUAUACUCUAUAUAUAGGGAGUAGGGAAGAUAAGUGUAUCCAGUGACCAGGCAGGUGAGGACAGGUGAUAACUGAAAAAAGACGAGAUGCUGACUCUCCUGUGUGUGUGCUUCCUGCUGGGCUCCACCGCGGCAUCGAAAAUUCAGUCGCGGCUCUCUUCCUACACUGGCGAGUUCGGAGCUGGUGGCGGUACUAUCUUCUCCUACUCUUCGGAUCAACUGAACGGGCAAAUAACAGGCAUUCGUGUCAAGGAGAACCCCAGUCAUGUGCUUGGGAUCCAGCUCCAAUAUGGUGGCAUCUGGGGGCCUUAUUACGGAAGCGCCUCCGGUACUCUUUUCGAGGUCUUGCUGUACCGCGGUGAAAACAUCACUCAGGUGUCGGGGAAAGUUGCCUCUUAUGUGAAUGAGCUGGUCUUCGUGACAAGCCGUGGAAGAAUAUUCAAAUUUGGGCAACCAUCAGGCACAAGCUUCAAUGAUUUUCCACUGUUCGAGGGGACCGUACUGCGCUACAUUAGCGGGCGAUAUAACACCGCAGUGCUGACCAGCAUCGGCUUCCAUUGGGGCACCCAACCCGGCUGCUACUACUGUAAAGAUGGCGCCAAGUGACCUCAAGAACUGAGGAGAGCCAACCAAAGCCAACCAGCAGGCCAGACUUCUUCUUUGGCCUCUUGCCUUUUUUUACUUUCUACCUUUCCAGCAUUCCCUUACACUGAAACAGUAAAGCUUUGAAAUAUAUUUUUGUGUCUAUACAAGCUACUUAAAGGGGUUGUAAAGGUACAAUUUUCUUAACC